AUGGCUUGGAACAAUCCCUCUAAUGGAUUUGGAACCUCAGGAAAUACUUGGCUUGAUGAUGUUGAGCCUACAGCAAGCUCAUCUGUUGAUGACUAUGCCAACAUUCAGAGGCAAGCGCUUCGUGAACAGGACAAAGGACUGGACACUCUAGCAGAUAUCAUUUCAAGACAAAAGUCGAUGGCUCAAGGGAUUGCAACAGAAAUCGAUAUUCAUAAUGAAAUUCUAGAUGAUAUUACUGAUGCUAUGGAUGAUAACCAUGGGAGAUUAGUACGAAAUACCCGAAACAUAGCAAAAGUUUCUCGUAAAUCAGACACAUGUUGCUAUUGGGUAGUCAUCGUCCUUCUCAUGAUUAUUAUAAUUGUUAUCUCUGUUGUAUAG